AUGGCUGAGCAGGGCGAUACUGUUCGAGGGGUACCGAAGACGGUGGCGAUCGUCGGUGUGGAACUGCAUGCGGACCAACCUCUCGAAGUACACCUGCGCGUUCUCCGACCAGCCCUGGCCGGCGCACGUGCCCGACUUCCCCGCCGCCUCGGAGGUCGAGGCGUACCUGCGCGGGUUUGCCGAGGAGACCUCCUGGUCUUCUGCGUACGCUUCGGGGCUCGCGUGGUGGCGCUGGAGCCCUCCGAGGGCGUCGGCGAGAGCCGCUGCACGGUGACCUGGGAGCCGGUCGUGCUCGGGUCGGGCGUGGGCGCCGGGGCAGGCGUUGAUGCCAGCGGCGGCGGUGCAUCUCGGGCCCAGAGCUUCGACUUCGGGGUGGUGGCCUCGGGCGUCUUCUCCAAGAGCCACCUCCCCGACCUCGCGGGCCUGCGCGGCUUCGCUGGCCAGCUCUCGCACGCCUCCGCCUACCGCGAGCCGGGCCCCUUCGAGGGCAAGCGCGUUCUCGUCGUCGGCGCCGCCUUCAGCGGCGCCGACAUCGCCGCGGACAUCGCCACCACCGCCGCCUCCGUGGUCGUGGCGGCUCGCCGCCCCAUGUGGUACCUGCCGCGGUACAUCAAGGGGCGGCCCGCCGACCUCGCCUUCUACUCCCGGGCGGGGGCGGACGCGGCCGCGGGCAGCUCGGAAGAGGAGCGGAGCGCCAAGCGCCACAGGUUCUUCGCCUCCGUGGUUGGGGACGUGCCAGCCUCGGUGCGGCUGCCGGACCCCGCGAGAGGGGACGUGCCUUUUGUGCCUUACCAUGUCCAUCACCGAUGGCUUCCUGGACGCCGUGCGCUCCGGGCGGGUGGCCGUGCGUGCCGAGUCCGUGGUCGGGCUGUCGGAAGGCGGCGCGAUCUUCUCGUCGGGCGCCGCGGAGGACUUCGACGCGGUGGUGCUCGCGACGGGCUACCGGCUGGAGCUGCCGUUCCUGCCCCCUCGGCUGCUGGAGGCCCUGGAGUACGACGCGGGCGACUGGCUGCAGCCCGCCGUGCUGCACGAGUGCGUGUGGCACCCCGCGUGCCCCAGCUCCUGGCGUUCGUGGGGCUCUACCGGGGGCCCUACUUCGCGGCCAUGGAGCUGCAGGCCCGCUGGGCCUGCGGGGUUUUCUCCGGGCGGCUGCAGCGACCGGGCGCGGAGGAGCUGGAGAGGGGGCUGCAGCGGGAGCGCGACGUCCGCGCCAAGCUGCCGCGGCAGCAGUUCCCGCACGGGGACUACGUCGGCAUGGUCGAGGCGCUCGCGCGUCGGGUGGGCGUGCACCCACAGCAGCUAUUGAACGACAGCUCGGGCGAGAUGUACCAGCUCUUGUACAAGGGCCCGCUCCUCCCCUUCCACUAUCGCCUGGUGGGCUUCCAGAGCAAGCCAGAGGUUGCCAGCCGUGCCAUCCGUGAGUGCGUCACGAAGCACCCCCUCCCCAUCGAGUGA